AUGUCUCUGUACGGCCGCGAGGCGAUGGCCUUCUUUGACAAGCUCAAGGAGGCGGAUGCGGGCAACGGGAAGUGCGUUGACUGUGGCGCCAACUCGCCUCUGUGGGCGUCGCUCUCGUAUGGGACGUACUUCUGCCUCGAGUGCUCUGGCGUCCACCGCAACCUGGGAGUGCACAUCUCCUUUGUGCGCUCCCUAAACAUGGACUCGUGGUCCGAGCAGCAGCAGCAGCGCAUGACGUGCGGAGGCAACACCGCGUUCCGGCAGUACCUUCGCCAGUGCGGCAUGCCCGAGGAGCUGCAGUCUGGCGGAGGCCAGUUCGCCGGCUGCGAGUCGCAGGCGGAGGGCGCCAUCCGACAGAAGUACAACACGCGUUCCGCCGCGGCGUACAGGGCAUGGCUCGCCGAGCGCUCGCGUGGCGAGGGCGGCGCUCCGGCGCCGCCAAGCGUCCCGUACGAGCCGCCGCCGCCGCCGCCGCCGCCGACCGGUUGCAACGGCGGCGCGGGCGGCGGCGCCGCAGGGGCUGGGGUCCGAGGCGCGAGCGGCUGCGGCUCCUCCUCUGCUGGCCGCAUGAUGCAAGGGUUUGGCUCG